CUUGCUACCAUGAACGGUGUGCAAUUGAAUUCGAUCGCUUUACUCGAACCAACUUGCAUGACCCAGUUGAUGCUAUGCCUAGACACUAGGGAUAGAUCACCCAUGUAGGAAGUCGUACGAGUACCUUGGGAUAGUUCUCUUCCUCUCCUAUCGAUGCCGGAGGAAGUCGUACAAAUCAAACCGUGGCAGAGACAGUCGUACAAUGAUCAGGCAGACCAUUUCCAGAACAGACCCAAACAGGGUGCGGCAGUCAGAUCCGAGUCACUAAUAAUUAUCGCCACUGGGAUCCUUCCCGCCUCCCCUCCCCUGUAGUACUACCCGACGUUAGAUUGCAUUUAUAUUGCCAUGGCUGCUGGUGCGCUCCAAAAGCAGUAAGUAGAG